CUGCCCAGGUUUUUCCAGCUCUGCUCUGAUAAUGUGUGGGGAGUUAGGAAAGCCUGUGCUGAAUGCUUCAUGGCAGUUUCUUGUGCAACAUCACAGGAAGUCCGGAGGACAAAAUUGUCAACCCUUUUUAUUAAUUUGAUUAGCGAUCCUUCACGAUGGGUCCGCCAAGCUGCUUUUCAGUCUCUGGGGCCUUUCAUAUCAACUUUUGCUAAUCCAUCCAGCAGUGGCCAGUACUUUAAAGAAGAUGAUGGUAAAAACCCAGAAGAUUGUGGUUCUGCACAGGAAAACAGUGAACAAGUCAGGACUAUGGAAGAUGUCACAACAGAGGAUGAGCACAACAGGACAGAGGAUCUGUCUUCACAUGUUGAUAAUGACGGUUUUGCAACAAAACUUGAAAAUGCCAUGGAAGAUCAAAAUACAGUGUCAAAUAACUCCCAGAGGGAAAGUGAUUUCCAGACUGAGUCAUCCUUCCAUUGCACUUUGUCUUCAGAAUCUUGUGGGGAAAUGGCUGAUGAGAACAAGCGAAGUUCUCGUUGCUGUACAGCAGGUCUGCGGGAAGCUGGGCUGAAUUCACAGGAAACCUCUCUUUCAGAGCAGGAAUUGUACAACUCUUUCCAUUUCUGGAGGACUCCACUUCCUGAAAUAGAUAUUGACUUCGAGCUUCAGCAGACUUCUGAGAUAAUACUCGAUAGAGAAAUUCAGGAACUCACUAUGCCAGUGUCUCCAAACAUUCCUAUGGCAACAAGGAAAGAAUUGGAAGAAAUGAUAGAAAAUUUGGAACCCCAUAUAGACGAUCCAGAUGUUAAAGCACAAGUGGAGGUGUUGUCUGCUGCACUCAGAGCAUCCAGUUUGGAUCCUCAAGAAGAGACAAUGGCCAGCGUCAGCAAGGAAACAGAGUCACAGACUGAACUAACCAUCAAUGACCAACAAAAUUUUAAACCUAUACUGGGUGAUAUUGUGCCUUUAAUUGGUGACACUGUUGAGAAUAUGGAUUCUACACUUCACUAUAUUCAUAAUGAUUCAGAUUUGAGCACCAACAGUAGUUUCAGCCCUGAAGAAGAAAGAAAAUCCAAAGUACAGGAUGUUGUACCUCAAGCCUUGCUGGAUCAGUAUUUAUCAAUGACUGAUCCAUCUCGUGCACAAACAGUUGAUACCGAAAUUGCCAAACACUGUGCCUACAGCCUGCCAGGUGUGGCACUUACGUUAGGGAGACAGAAUUGGCAUUGUUUGAAAGAUACCUAUGAGACACUGGCAUCUGACAUGCAGUGGAAGGUUCGGCGGACACUAGCAUUUUCUAUACAUGAACUUGCUGUCAUCCUUGGAGACCAGCUUACAGCUGGAGAUUUAGUUCCUGUCUUCAAUGGCUUUUUAAAAGAUCUAGAUGAAGUCAGGAUAGGUGUGCUUAAACACUUGCAUGACUUUCUGAAGCUUCUUCAUCUUGACAAAAGACGAGAGUAUCUUUAUCAGCUCCAGGAAUUCCUAGUGACUGAUAACAGCAGGAACUGGCGUUUCCGUGCAGAGCUGGCUGAGCAACUGAUCUUGCUUCUAGAUCUGUAUAGUGCCAGAGACAUUUAUGACUACUUGCGACCUAUUGCUUUCAGCCUCUGUGCAGACAAAGUGUCUUCUGUCCGUUGGAUUUCUUACAAGCUGGUUAGUGAAAUGGUAAAAAAGCUGUAUAUGGCUUCAACAUCAACCUUCGUGAUAGACCUCAUGAAUGAACUUGUUGAAAAGUUCUGUAGAUGCCGCAAAUGGUCUGGUCGGCAAACUUUUGUCUUUAUUUGCCAGACUAUCAGUGAAGAUGACUGCCUGCCCAUGGACCAGUUUGCUGUGCAUCUGUUGCCACACUUACUACACUUGGCAUCUGACAGGGUUCCAAAUGUUCGAGUCCUGCUUGCAAAAACGUUAAAGCAAACUCUCUUAGAGAAAGAAUAUUUUCUAAAUUCUGCCAACUCUCAUCAAGAAGCUGUGGAGCAAACAAUUAUGGCGCUUCAAAUGGAUGAUGACAGUGAUGUCAAAUAUUUUGCAAGCAUACACCCUGCCAGUACCAAAAUUGCAGAUGAUGCCAUGAGCACUGCUUCAUCAACUUAUUAGAAGUUCUGAAUGUUGCUAUAAUUAAAAAAAUUUUAAACAAACUAUCCUCAAAUGCUUCUAAAAUGGUUGAUCUAGGACAACCUCUUUGGAAGGAGAGAUUUCUUGCCAGACUUAACAGGUGGAUGUUAUCUAAACCUGAUACCAGGGAUUUUAAGUCAAGAAAAAGUAAACAUACCUGUGUCAGCUUGACUUUAGAAAAACACUGCUCAGAGGAUUAUUUUUGCCACCGAAGCCUUAAAUCUUCUGUCUUCCUGAACAAAUGAAACUUGAAUUGGCAGAUCAUUUUCAUUGUAGAAAGGAUGUGAUUUCCAGAGACCUGCAUUGUUUCUCCUGAGGAGUUAACUUAGCAAGUAUUUUCUGUAGCAACUGAUAGAUGAAAUGGCCAGAAAGGCAAAUUUAUACCGGGAUGUAAGACCUCCAGUAUUAGCGCUAAAAGUUUUUAUCAUUCAAGGACUUGAUUUGUGUGCAGCUGGGCACACCCUUAAGUGGGAAUAGCUUUGAUGUUUGUAAAUGGGGAAAAGUAGAAAUUUGGAUUUCUCUUAAGGGCUCAGUGCUAACACUAAACUAGAAUUUGAUUUUAAUCCUUAAAUGCAGCAUAUUGCUGUACCCAUUAUCAGAAAACUUUGCUGAGUACCUGUGUCCUAAUUAUUUUCAUGCUGGUCAUGACCUAAAGGAAAUUUAUUAGCACAUGUACUUUAAGUCAGGUAUUUUUAACUUGAUCAUGAUCGGCUCUGAGGUGCAACUUUUUUCUUCAUAUACUGUACAUAUCUGUGAGCCUCCUUGGAGCGCUGCAGUCUUUAAUCAUGUUGUUUAAAGCUGUUGUGAUACAAGUCGUUCUCUACUUGUCCAAAUAAAAUUUAUUAUUAAGAUUGAAAGCAAUCUUGUGACCUUUUUAAGACAUUAAAAGAAU